AUGAUGAAAGAGCUAUUUUUUCAAUGUGAACUGUUCAAGAACAACAAGAACUUUGAUGGCAUAAUCGAAGUUGCCUCAAAGAUAUUGGAUGCAGCCCUAAAAGAAGCCUUGCAAAUGGAGAUAGUUCAAAGAGACUACACAAAAGUAAUAAAUGCAGUCAUCUUUGUGACCCAAAGAAUGCCAGGGACUAGAUACCAGAAUACUGCGUUCUCAGAAGCCUACUGCAUUCUAGGAAAGAUCUUUGAGACUGGCGUUCUUGCUGAGAAAAACAUUAAAAAAGCGCGUGAGUACUACACUGUGGCAGCUGACCACUCCAACCCCUUUGGAUGCUACAGACUUGCGCACUUCUACGAAUUUGGCAUAGGGUGCAGUGUGAACAUGCACAAAGCUGCACAUUUUUACAAGCUAUCUGCAAAUGGUGGCUGCUGCAGGGGAAUGCACAGAUAUGGGCUGCUCCUUCUUGAGGGCAGGGGCGGCUGCAAGAGAGAUGUAAAAGGGGCUGUCUUCUAUUUUGAGCAGUGCCGAAAGCUUGCUUCUCCCAACUAUCCGCAUAUGAUGUAUGACCUGGGGAUAUGCUAUGAACAAAUCCCUCAAAUGACAAAGGACAUUAUAGAAGACAAAGAGUAUGCGCUAGAGAUAUACUUAGAGGGGGACUCUCUUGGAUGCCCCAGAUCAAGCGUAAGGCUCGGGCAUGCAUACAAUUUUGGUGCGCUUGGCCUGGCACAAGACACAAAAAAGGCCAUUUACUACUACACAAGAGCAGAGGCCAUGAGCGGCGAGGCAAGAUUUGAGUUGUACAGAAUAUACUUGGCUCAAAAUAACCCAGAAGAGGCUAUAAAUUGGCUCAGAAAAGCUGCCAUUCUAGGGCACCCAACUGGGCUGCGGCUAUAUGCAGACUCAUUGGAAAGAGGAAUAGAUAUUCCUCAGAAUAAAACGGAGGCACUGUGGUGGUAUGGAAUCGCAAAGACCAGAGGGGUUAAAAUAGACAAAGAAAUUAAAAGAUGUGCUGCUUAG